GCCGACUCGCUGGAGCGGCGCGAGGUGCGCCAGUUCCAGUUCACGGCAUGGCCCGACCACGGCGUGCCCGACCACCCGACGCCGUUCCUGCGGUUCCUGCACCACGUCAAGGCGCUGAACCCGGCCGACGCCGGGCCGAUGGUGACGCACUGCUCGGCCGGUGUGGGCCGCACCGGGUGCUUCAUCGCCAUCGACAGCAUGCUGGAGCGCAUCCGCUCCGAGGCCACGGUUGACGUCUACGGUCACGUGACUUGCCUGCGAGCCCAGCGCAACUACAUGGUGCAGACCGAGGACCAGUACAUUUUCAUCCACGACGCGCUGCUGGAGUCGCUGGUGGCCGGCAACACGGAGGUACCGGCACGCAACCUGCAGGCCUUCACAUCGCAGCUGCUUCCGCCGACCGGACCCGGCGACAACAUCACCGGCAUGGAGCUCGAGUUCCAGGAUCAGCAUGUACCGACGGCGUUCGUGUACCGAGCGGUGCCCGAGUACCUCACCGCGCUUGGACCACGUCGAGCACCGCAACCUCGCAAGACGUCCAUCCUGCAGUAA